CUUCUGUUAUUAUAUUGUUGCUUUACAGAUUGCAUGGUUUUAUCUAACUAAUAGUUCAAAGUGUUAAUUCAAGAAAUGUGAAGUGUAACUAUAGAGGUGUUUGUGUCUCUAAUUUCUUGAACAAUAUAAGCCAACGACCUCUACACGUGUUGACGUUAUUCAACUGCUUUCGUAACAUGGGUUUUUGUCUACCUAAGCGAGCUGGGACAAUAAGAUCAGACAUACACCUUUCUUCUCUUUAUAGCAGUGUAGCUUGCUACUUGGCUCUUUUAUAAACAGUUUUUUUUUCUCUGUUGAUUUCAGAAUAUUCGCAGAUGUUUUCCAACGUGAGAGCAGGUUUGGUCUCAGGUUUGGUCAGAUUGCCCACUUCUGUAAAUUCAAGGGCAAUAAGAGUGACCCCUGCCCUCUGCAGACAUCAGCACAGGACUUUCAGCUCCGAGUCAGAAGAUGUUAAGGUGCUGUAUGAUGGGCUGUGUCCCAUUUGUGUGACGGAGAUCCGGUUCCUCCAGUUUCUGCAGAGAGACAAGCCUGGGAAAGUAGAUUUUAUCGACAUCUCCCUGCCAGGCUAUGAUGGAGAGAAAUACAAGGGUGUCAGCUAUGAGAUGGCCAUGGGUGAAAUGCAUGUGAUUGAUGAGAAAAAUGAGGUGCACUGUGGGAUCCCGGCCUUUGCAGUCAUGUACAGUGCAGUGGGACUCGGCUGGUUGGGCCGCUUCAUGAUGUGGCCUCCUGUCAGACCGUUUAUGGAUAAGUCUUACGCCAUCUUUGCCAAAAACCGCUUAAAGUGGACUGGACGAGGGGACGAGUGCACCACCGGACGAUGUGAAAAGAAAACAAACUGACUCAUACCCACAGAAAGAAAAAGGCUGUUUAAUAAGUCACUUAACUGUGAACAAGAACCACAUAAUGGUUUGUCCUGUUAAACCAUCAGGUUUGUUAUAAAUAUGUCUGGAAAGAGUCCAAGAGUAUUUCUAGCUGAAGGAAAUAUUUGCUGCAUGAUUAACUGUGUUUUUUUUGUAAAGUCAUCAGUUCAACACAGAGUUGCUCUCCUUAAAGACUGUUCUGUUUGAGUAAACAUCUACUGAAAAAAUA